UAAAGUCCGUGAGUCUGCAUUUCUGGCCUAGAGAGAGCAUUGUGCAGAACAUUGACACAAAAGCACAGAAAAUUCGCAAAUACUGUCAGCACUAAACUUUAAUUUGAAAAUGUCUUCAAAUUAUGACGGAGCAAUAACGGUAUUUUCCCCAGAUGGUCAUCUCUUUCAGGUCGAGUAUGCCCAAGAAGCUGUGAAGAAAGGGACUACUGCGGUUGGUGUCAGAGGUAAAGAGAUAGUUGUACUUGGAGUUGAAAGAAAAUCAGUGGCAAAACUUCAAGAGCCUAGAACUGUCCGAAAAAUCUGUGUUCUAGAUGACCAUGUCUUCUUAGCAUUUGCAGGUCUGACAGCUGAUGCACGUAUUUUGGUGAAUGCUGCCAGGGUUGAAUGCCAAAGUCAUAAACUAAGUGUGGAGGAUCCUGUGUCUUUGGAAUAUAUUACCAGAUUCAUUGCCAGUAAAAAACAAUUAUAUACCCAGAGUAAUGGCAGACGGCCAUUUGGAAUCUCAAUGUUGAUAGUUGGCUUCGACUAUGAUGGCAAGGCACACCUUUAUCAAACUGAUCCAUCAGGAACAUACCAUGAGUGGAAAGCAAAUGCCAUAGGUAGAAGCUCAAAAACUGUUCAAGAAUUUCUACAGAAAAACUAUACUGAUGAACUCAUUGAAUCUGACGAUGAGACCAUAAAGCUGGCAUUAAGGGCAUUGUUAGAAGUUGUUCAGUCUGGAAGUAAAAAUGUAGAAAUGGCGGUGAUGAAGCGUGGGGAGGGAAUGAAGCUUUUGGAAAACGAGGAAAUUGAUCGAUAUGUAGCAGAAAUAGAAAAGGAAAAAGAAGAGGAAGCCGAAAGAAAGAAACAGAAAAAGGCCGCAAAGGCUGCUGGGAUGUCUUAGACAAUGUUUCCCUCUAGUCCUUAAAGAACGAAAUCUUUAUCCCUUUAGAUCCAACAGGACGGGGGUCGUUUUCUGACUUCUCUUUCCCGUCCUGUUUUUGUUUAAUGGAGCGUUUUACUUAUGACGUAUUUUAUCAUAGAAUCCGUUAUAAAUUUCAAGAUUAAAAGUAUUGAAAACAA